UUCUUGGUGCAGCUUGACUCAGUGGGACUGGCUAACGUCAAGAGAUGUCAACUCCCCCUCUCGCUGGGGCAGGCAUGCCGCCUGGGGCUUUCUCAGGGACACAGGCGCAAGCAGCUAGGGAGGUAAAUACAGCUUCUCUCUGUCGAAUUGGCCAAGAGACUGUGCAGGACAUUGUAUUUCGAACCAUGGAAAUCUUCCAGUUACUGAGGAACAUGCAGUUACCAAAUGGUGUUACUUAUCAUACUGGAACAUAUCAAGACAGACUGGGAAAGCUGCAGGAACAUCUCCGUCAGCUAUCAAUACUCUUCAGAAAACUGAGACUAGUCUAUGACAAAUGCAAUGAAAACUGUGCUGGGCUCGAUCCUGUUCCCAUAGAACAACUUAUUCCAUAUGUUGAAGAAGAUGGCUCCAAGCACGAUGAUCGUGGUGCUGCAAGUCAGCUUCGUUUUGCUACUGAAGAGAGAAGGGAGAUCAUGGAAGUAAAUAAGGUAACAUGCAUAAAACUGUCACUUUGUCGUUAA